CGCGCGCGCAAAAAAAAAAAAAAAAAAGCUCAGACAUGGCGGCCACCGUGUCGCUCUCUCUCGUCGUCUCCGUCUCCGGCUUCCCCUAUCCAUUCCCCUCGCCGCUCUCCAAAACCCUAGCUAACCCCUCCUCCUCCAGGUCCCUUCUCCUCGCCGCCCCCCUCUCCCGCGGCGCCACCCCACUGCCCCUCCUGCGGCGCGAUGUCUCCGCGGCCUACGGCGACGACGACAUGGACGACGACUUCGGGGACUUCGACCUCGACGACGGGGACGGCGUGGGGGACGACGAAGACCUCGACAACGAGCAGGACUACGACGUCGACUACGACCGCCUGCUCGCCCCCGUCAAGGCGCCGCCGCGCCCGCUGUCGGGGGAGGGCGACGAGGAGGAGGAGGGGGACAUCGCCAUGGUCGCCGCCCAGAGCUUCGUCUCCACGCAGGACUCCGCCUCCGACACCGUGGUCGACUACUCCGUCAACGAGGACGAAUUCCACAAGAUUCGCCUACUGCACUGCGAUUUUUUUAUCCGCAAGGUGCCUGACCCCGACGACGACGUCUUCGACUUCCGGGAGAUGUAUGUCACGCCGCCUGACACUGACAUCUAUUCCAUCCCAAGGGUUCUUGCUCCGAUGCCGCAAAAGUAUUUGAGGUGCACGAAGAAAAAUUUUGGUCGUUACCAUGUUAGUGAGCCGCCUGUUGAGCAUUUGCGUGAUCCCCUAUACAAGACAGAAAGGGAGAUCAUGAAGGUUUUCUUAACAAAACAUUACAGGAAUAGGCGGUGUAACGACCCAGAUUUUUUCCUUGAUUUUGAAGAGAUAUAUGUUAUUGACUCAAAAGCAAGGUCAAUCACGAGAGCAAAAGUUGUGGUUAGUGUCCCUGAAGGAAAGAAGAGGGACAGGAGAAAUGACUUGCUACUCAUACGAGAUGGAGGGGAAUCAUUCAGAAUAAUCGACAAGACCAAAAGGGAUGAUGCGACCACUGUGAUCCAAAGAGAGGAGUGGGCAAAGUCGAGGCAAGAUGUGGAGAAGCACUUUAGGAAGCUCCGCGACUUUGACUACUCAAAUUGGUUCUGAAGAAAUAGUAGCUGGAGUCAUUCAGCAGAGAAAUUAUUUUGCUAAUUUUGCAGCUGCUUAUAUUAGAGGAAGCGACCAUGGACCAUGGUGCUCAAGGGAGAAUCGCCAUCUUCGAGUAGGCUAAUUAUGUGUACUUUAGGUUUUUGUAGCAGGUAGAAGGCAUGCCACUUAGCGAGCCUAUCUGUAGAAAACUGAAAUGUUUGAUGCUUGUGAAUGCACUACCUUGUUGAGUAGCCAACGAAUAUGUGGUCCUUGGAUUCAGAAUGCACGUGUUUUUUAUAGUAUCGGAUAUCUAUACUUGGAUUCAGAAUUUCCUAGGUAA